AUGGGUCUUGAUGGGUUUGUUCUCAACGUUGGAUAUCCUAAACUCGACUGGGUACCAGAAACUCUGAGCCAUCUGUAUGGUUAUGCCGACGACCUUAUCAGCAAAGGAGGAUCGUUCAAGCUGGCUCUUUCUCUUGACCUAUAUGCGACAGGCGCAUGGUGCUACGACAAGAAGCUCGGAAAUGACUGCGGAGGUCCAAAGGAGUACGAGACAGUGCUGAAGGGCUUUCUUGGCCGUGACUCCUAUCUCCGAUAUGGACCUAAUAACUUUCCCUUCAUCACCAGCUUCAGUACAGGCAACCAGACCGAUAAAGACUUCAUUGAAUGGAAGAAAUCGUUUGCCAACGAAAUGUUCUUCGUCCCUGGCAUUGAUGACACUCCUGGGUUCUGGGAGAGUCAUCCUGCCUGGUGGCAAUACUGGGGGGACAUCAUCGACGGAGCCAGUGUCUGGGAGUCAGCCUGGCCCCAGGUCCACGGCACCAAUGAAGGUGAUAUAUCCAAGGAUAUCAAGGUCAUGGGCCCUCUGCAGAAGAAGAGUAAAGUCUUCAUGAUGCCUAUCAGCAUGCUUCAGUACAAGAAUGCGUACGGAGCCAAUUUGUAUCGACGCGGUGAGAUGAACGUUGUGAAGAGAAUGGAGAACAUCCUCAGCAUGGGAUCUCAACCCGAUAUCAUCCAGCUAUUGACUUGGAAUGAUGGACCCGAGAGUCAUCACUUCGGUAACCUCUGGCCCGAACAGAACACCGAUGCCCAACCCAACCAAUAUGCCAGUCCCGACGGCUCCGAUCAUACCGCCCUUCAAUCUCUAUACUCGGCUUUCAUCCACGCUUGGAAGAACGGCGGUUCGAUGGUCCCAGCAUUCUCUAAGCGAGAUGAAGCUAUACCUCAGGGUGCUUUAUGGCAUAAGAGCAUCUUCCAGACCACUACUUGCCCUGGAGGUGACUCUAGCGUCAAGUACUUUCAAGAACCAAAUGGCACCGAUGCUGGCCAAGACGCUCUUCACUGGGCCUUGGUAGUCCCUGCUCAGGCAGCUGGCUUUACUGUCAAUGUCAUGAGCAAUGGUAAGAGUAUCAGCUCCAAGGUUCUCCAGACCGGCCUCAACUACGAUACUGUCGAGGACGGAAUUGAAGAAGGUACUCAGCGACUGGUGAUCAAGAACGGCGACACCAUCGUUGGUGGGACGGAUCGAGGUCGAUGCCUUGCUCGAGAAUGCCACGAUGGCAUCUACAACUUCAACCCUGUCAUCAUGCCAGUUAAGGCGGUCUUUGACAAUUCAGACUGUUGGCAAGUUGAGGGUGAGCCCAUCUUAGAUUGGACAGGUGAAAAGGUAAUGGGCACUACACUUGGCCCACGAGACGCUGAUCCUAGCCAUAACCAUGACUCUGCUCACAAUUCCAUCCCGUUUGACACAUUCAAAGGUUGUAGUAAGAGUCAGAAGGAAGAUAUCGUGCAAGCUUGGAGAGAUAUUGUUGUUAUUUUGGCCAGGAUCCCAGCAUUCAAGCCAGGUGGUUUACUCGAGCAGAGGAACUUCGGAGCUGAUAUUGCCGAGAGAACUAGCGAUGUCAACUUUAUCAACGGUGUCUUUGCAAACCUCCGAAAGCUGACCACGACCGCCAGAGUUGGGCGAACAAUCCGAGCAUCCUGCGAAGAUAUUAGUCAACGUGGCUUUGCUGUCCAAAGUCGCUGCAGUAGCAUUAAAGGUGCUGCUGGCACUAUCGGUGGCUAUGCUUUCGACGACGCGGACGGUUCUCCUGGUGGCACUAUUGUAUUUUGCGGCGGAUUCUUCGCCCCAGGACAAGAGCACCUAGCAGCUGUCCAGAGAGAACUCGACGCUGAUAGAACAAAGCAGAAGGAUUCAAUUUUCAUGACUGGUAAAUUCCGUCUGAUGAUUCAUGAGCUGGUUCAUCUUCCGUCUGUCUCUAAUAAUGUCAUUGGUUCAGGCAAAGGUGACAUUCCUUCGACACAGGAGAAGUGGCGCUACUAA